GAAACCUGACCGUCUGUUUUCUGAAGAUGCUCAUUAAAUGGUAAAAGCGAUUCCAAACGACGCUUCUUUGUCACUUUUGCCGACAAUUCAACUGGCGAGACCCUCAUUGUGUUGUUGCAGUACACCAGAGGGAUCUGCGAGCUGCAGUGCGCACAAUAGCGGGCAGCAAAAUAAAUGGCGUUACUUCUGAGAUAUCAGCGGCCAUGUACGAAUUUGUGAACGUGUCGGAACUAUUACGUGUCUUUACCGUUGUUGCGAUUGCGCAAAGACGAGUGUGACGAGUCGAACGACAAUUAGGAAGGCGGACACACGUCAAUUAUGAAAGUCGCACGAUUUUGGUUGAUGUUACGAAUGUGUAUUCGUCGGGCGAGCGCCAAUUGCUCCGUCGAAGGCUUUUAUCGGCUGGGCUGUGGCAAACUUGGAAGUCAUUAUCAUUGAUCAGGAUUUCCCCCACUCAUGUUUUAGAAAUCCUGUUUAUUCCGAUCACAUUUGCAUGAAAUGAGUGUAUUUCUUAAUUUGCCGUUAUGACCUCACAUUUUCAAUCAUCAGUAACUUUGAAAAUAGCGCCGUUUGAGCAUGGGAGACGUUUACGCGGAGAAAACCAAGGCGGCAUAGCAAAAGGUGCUGAAGUAGCGCCUUUGCCGUCACAUUUGUGACCAAAUAAAAGCCGCAUUGACGGCACUUGUGUGAACAUUAGUGUGUUCGGAAAUGGACCGGGGCCCAGACCACGCCCUCUUCACCACACACACACACACGUGCGCGCGCACACGCUUUCUGUCUCUGUCUGUCUUUGUUUGUUUGCGAGCGCGUCGGACUGCGAUGGAGCCGAGCAGUCCCAAGAAGAUCCAGUUCGACGUCCCGCCGCUGCAGGGACACUUGGACCCUCAGGCCGCCGAACACAUACGCCGCAGACGCCCGACGCCUGCAACUCUGCAAAUAUACAGACAACCUGAAGUUGGAGAUCAGAACAACACUAGCGGAGGCUCUCAGGUUUGUACGCAGACACGCUCACGCAGCAAUUUGUGUCGUAACUUGCGUGUUUGUCAGUUUGUAGAUGGCGCUCAGAGGAAGAAAAGCACUUUGGCCCCGCCCACUAUGAAAGAUCUUCACGUGAGGGUGGAGCAACACUCCCCAGGGGGGCCGGACUGUCAAUUGAGUCCAAUCUCAGCGCAGCUCUAUGACGGCUCCUGCCCGUGGACCAAUCAGAACGGGCUGGACCAAGCCAAUGGGAAUGAGGCGGGGCUUCUAGCCAAUCAGGAGAGAGGCCUGGCACAGAGCCAAAGCUCAGGCAGGCUUGAAUCUUGUGUGCCCGAAGAGGAAGAAGAGGAAGAGGACAUCAAGCAACAGAACGAAUAAUACAUUGUUUUUUUUUUUACUAUUUUGAAUCAAACAUACAAGGGUACUGCAGCACCCUCUAGAGGAUUUAAAACCCUAAUCCUGUCUUAAAACGCUACUUUGAAACCCUAACCCUGUCUUGAAACACAAACCGGAAACCCUAACCGUUUUGAAACUCUACUUUGAAACCCUAAACCUGUCUUGAAACCUUACUUUGAAACCGUAUCCUUGUCUUAAUAUCCUCAUUUGAAACCCUAUUCGUUUUAAAACCCUAAUGUGAAACCCUAACCCUGUCUUGUUACCCUCAUUUAAAACCCUAACCUGUUUUUUUUUUAACACACCCUUUUGAAACCCUACUUUGAAACCGUAACCUUGUUUUAAUGCCCUAAUUGAAAACCCUAACCGUUUUGAAACUCUACUUAGAAAGCUUAACCCUGUCUUUAAACACUACUUUGAAACCGUAAACAUGUUUUAAUAUACUAAUUUAAAACCCUAACCAUUUUGAAACCCUAACCCUAUUUUGAUACACUAACGCUAUUAAAUAAUUUGAAACCCUACUCGUUUUAAAACCCUAACCACGUCUUGAUACCCUAGUUUAAAACUCUAACUCCGUCUUAAAACACAUUUGAAACCCUAACCGUUUUGAAAUCCUCAUUUGAAACCCUAACCUGCUUUUGAAUCCCUAUUUUGACACCCUACCCCUGUUAAUCCCCCAUGUAUUGCGCACAGGACUUUUAUUGUGGCAGCAGGCAUCGCUUUUGUUGGCGUUUGUUUCUUUGGAAACAUCCCAUGGUUGCAAUCCUGCAUGUGUGCUCUCACACACACAUUGCAGCUUCUGAGCGCCCAAAAACGGAUCGAUCUAAUUUUUUGCUUUUAGAAAUUAGAGCUGUCGUAAGAGUGUUGAAAACAUGACUAUUUCCCAUACGACAGUUUCCAUUUUCCAGACCUGUAAAUUUAUGAAUCGUGCUGAGGGCGCCACCUAUUGGCACAUUUCAUGUACUGUAGUGAGGUGAGCUCAUUCGGAGGCCGCAAAGCAAAAGGGCAAAAGUGCUGAGAGUCCUCAAUCCAUCCAUCCAUCCAUUUUCAACAGCGCCUAUCCCAGCUGACUUCGGGCGAAAGGCGGACGACGCCCCGAACUGGUCGCCAGUCGGUCGCGGGGCACAUACAGACGCGGACGACCAUUCGCGCCGUCGCUGAACCCACGCUGCCCGCACCAGAGUCAGUGGCGAGAGUCCACGCAGACAAACGAAGAGAUGUUCACUUGUACUUUAUUAACCGUCAUUGACAGCAGCCGAGGGCUUCCUGGCCUUUUUCCACUGCACUGGGUUACAGAAUGCCUUGCUUCCCUUCCCUCGCUCACACAAACAUUAUGUAGUGUUGUUCACACAUUUGGCAAAUUUGUAAAAGUAAGAAAACGUAAAAACAGACCAGUUGAGUUCACAUCAAAAACUUUUUUUUUUUUUUUUUUCCUUUCUUGUUGUUGUUUUUGUUUGUGAACACACAAAGAG